AUGUCAGCGAAACCCUCCUCCCGUGUGUGUGUGUGUGUGUGUGUGUUGUCACUCUCCGUCUGCUCCUCUUUCCUCUGCCUCACAAAUGGCGGGUCACUGCGGAGACGCACGGAGAUCCAGCCGUCGGUAAAUAAGCUUCAGCUCACAACCGUCAAGUCUGUCAGUCCGGCCAGUCAAAGCUGCGGGGUUCCGGCAGUCAUGGAGUCCACGGAGAGCAGAUUCGCUCACCUGCUGCAGCCAAUCAGAGAGCUCACCAAGAACUGGGACAUCGACGUGGCUUCAGAGCUGAACGACUAUUUAGAAGAAUUGGAUGAGAUGUGCAUCACGUUUGAUGGAGGGAACACCAGGCUGAACUUUGCAGAAGCAGCUCUGUUGAUCCAGGGCUCAGCCUGCAUCUACAGCAAGAAGGUGGAGCUCCUGCACAGUCUGGUUUACCAAACUCUGGAAUACAUCAAUGACAAGAACAAGAAACGUAACAAGCAGACGGCAGCAUCGCAGGAGGGCGACGCAGACGGAUGUGGACAUGAAGCUGAUGAUGUUGCUGUGUUCACUCCUUUGGACCUCGACGUGUCAGAGGACUCGCAGAAGACAGACACCGUCACAACUGCCCAGGUGACUCCUCUGCCUCCUGAGUCUCUGAUUCCCCCUGAAAGCAGAGAGAAGCACAAACUUCCUCUCAUCAGUCUGAAAGGUGAGAUCCUGUGCAGUGUGAAAGACUUCAGGAUCAACAUUUUUAACCCAGGAGAUGAAGAUAUGAUCCUCCUCACACUGGGAUCAGCUGCUUCCAGGCCUCUGCUGGUCCAACAUCCUGCCAGCUGUCUGCAGCAACAAGACGCUGCGGCUCCUGUUGAUGAUGAUGAUGAUGUUGAAGAUAACAGAGGAGAUGCUGCAGAGGACUUCAUCCCUCUAGAGAACAACGUGGAGCUGGAACAGCAGGCCGAGGAGCACGUGGACAGACACCAGGCUCCGAGUGAAGGCAGGACGGUGCGAGAGAGAUGGCAGGUCGAAGACCACAAUCUGAGGAGGAAGGAAACGCCGACGCCUGCUGUGAACGUGUGGACGCUCCACGACCCGUACGCCGUGCUGGGAGAGGAUAAACCCUUUAAAUCAGGGAAGUGUUAUAAAGUUCCUGAGGGUCUGGACGACGGAGGGAAGAGGAAAAGAAAGCGACCGGCUUCUCUUCAGGACUUCAGGAGCUGGUUCAGAGGAACCUUUGAUCCUCCGGAGCACAAACUAAAAAAUGGUCCCACCUUUACAGACCUGAACUACAUUUACUUGAGCACAAUGAGAGACAAACUGAAGACUCGAAGGAAGAUCUGCAGGAAGGAGGGUGUGAUCGUCUCAGAUGAGGAGCUGAGGCGGGCCUUCCUGCAGCCGGAGGGGGCGUGGCCACAGCAGCAGGGGGAGGAGCCUGUGGACGGAUUCAGGCAGGCCGACCUGCUGGGUGGAGGUGACGACAACUCAGACAACGAACAUGAAGCGUUUUCUGACGACGUUCCAGCCGAGUUUGGAGGACCAGACUUGAUUUUACCAGAAACUCAGAAAGAUGAACUGAGUUAUGAAGAUCUGGUGAAGCUGCGUGUGGAGCAGCUGGUGGUGAACAGUCGAGGUUACACUCAGGAAACCGCCCUGUCUCAAAGAGUCAAAGACUGGGAGGAUCAGAUCCGACCUGAACUGGAUCAGCAGGAGGACCGUCCAGCGUUUGACAUCCACGAUUACGGCGACAGGAUCGUGGGAGCGCUGAAGAGUGUCGGUCACCGCCGAUUGUUCUCCUCCGUCGUCGCUGGUUUGGAUAACUUUGAAGCCUGCAAAUAUCUGCUGGCUUCACUGCAGCUGGCCAACGACUACACGGUGGAGGUGGACAGUGUUGAAGGUCUGGAGGACAGCUUGGACUCGAUGGGACUGACUCUGCUCAGCACUCACAGAGCGACAGACAGAUUCAAAACUCUGACAUCUUUGUCCUGAAUGACACGACUCCACCAAUGAGUUUGUUUCACUUCAACAGGCAUGAAUGGACUGCAGUCUCACCUGACUUCACCUGUCUGUACUGUGUACUGUAGUGUGCUUUUCCUUCCUGUUAGCCAAUCACUGAAUCACGAUGUGUCAGAAUUAUGCUCGAGUGUUUUGUCUCUCAACUCCUUGUUACAUCUGAAUAUUUGUAAUAAAACUGUCCACAGACGGUCUAAUGAUCAAA